AUGGAAGUUCUAUUGGUUCUCAUUACCAUUGCGGCAGCAUGCUUUGUUCGCUCAUGGUCGGUUACUGUUAUGGGAUUAUAUCUGCCUUCGGCUAUAAUCGAAAGAGGUUUUGCUUCAAAGUUCGUCGCCGACUAUGAAAAAUGUCCUAGAUCAUGGAUCUACAGAACUAUAAUUCCUUCAGUCUAUAUAGCAGCGGCAUUAAAUACUGCCUGCGCCUUAAUGGGUGAGUACAUAUGCCUCGGAAUGAGAAUCUCUCAGCUAAUUUCAGGAACGUUCACCGUCAUGUUUCUAGCAGUUACUUCAACUGUAUUCUUCAUUACCUGUUGCAUAGCCUAUAUAACUAUCUUUCGUCGAAACUUCUUCGAAUUACGUGAUAUCAAUCGUGGUGUGAAGCGCAACAAUGUUAUCUAUACUCUUAGCAAGAAGUUUCAGCUGACGGAAAAUCUCAAAGUGAUGAAGGUAGGUUCUCCUUGGAAUUGA